AUGGCAGGGGUCAGGCUCAGCCGCGCAAACACAGCACGACCCCGCCGUCAGCAGUCGCACUUUCCUGCUCUGAGCUCAAGUCACAGCUGGUUGCCCCCCAAGCCAACGAUGGAGCCGUUCACUGCCAUCGGUCUUAUCGGCAACAUCAUCACCUUUAUCGACGCCGGUUGCAAGUUGGUCUCGAAAGCCAAUGAGACCUAUAGGUCGGCCACUGGCGCGACUGCUGAGAAUGAGGCUCUGGGUGAGACGGGUGCCCGAUUCCUCGCGGCGGCUUCCUCCAUCGAAAAGAACCUGGCAGCCGUAAAUCUGAGACCGGAUGAAGUGGCUCUGAAGGAUCUGGCCGUGAAAUGCUGUGGCGUUUCCAAUGAGUUGGAGCAGUUGCUGCUGAAGCUAAAAGCGAAAAACGCCAAGUCAAAGCGGAGUGCCAUGUCUGCGACGCUUAGGAACCUGUGGAAGGACAAGGAGAAGGCCGAACUAGAAAAGAAGCUGAUCUCGUAUCGCAGCGAGCUAAUGCUGUUAUUAGCCACCACUGACAGGUUUGACUUUCAGGAGCGUCUUGACGAGUUAGUUCAGUAUGGCCAGUCGACCCAGGCAGAAAUGGUCUCGCUGCAAGACAACAUCAAGGCUCUUCAGACUGCUGUGCAGGCUGGGGUUAUCGGUCCGGACGCUCGACAACAGCUCGAGAAUUUUAUUACAGCGGUAGGUAAUGCAUCGAAGAAGGUGCGCGAGACAACCGUUCUCCAGGCGUUGCGAUUCGACAUGGUCAACGAGCGGUUUGAUGAAGUGGCCACAGCUCACGAAGAGACAUUCAAAUGGGUGUUUGAUACCAAGAGUAGCGACAUUGAGGACGAGCAGAAACGAAAUGCAAAAGAAAGAUUCACCUCAUGGCUCCGUGAUGGAAAUGGCAUCUUCCAUAUAUCUGGCAAGCCUGGUUCGGGCAAAUCGACUUUGAUGAAGUAUGUGUGCUGCAAUGAGACCACCAGAACACACUUGGAAGCAUGGGUUGGACCCGGAAAGUCUUUAGUUGUCGGCAAAUUCUUCUUUUGGAAACCCGGAACAACGCUUCAGAAGAAUAUUCGCGGAUUGAUUCGAAGUCUACUAUAUUCUGUCCUGUCAGAUUCUCCAGAUUUGAUCCCGCUCGCUUGCCCGCAACAGUGGGAUGCAGCUCAAAACCACACAAGUAUCAUAUUUGACACCGACAGUGAGAUCAAAGGUGUCUUCAACGAGAUGAUCUGUCAAGAUGCCGUCUACACAAAUCACAAGUUCGUGUUCUUCAUCGACGGACUCGACGAGUUUGACGGGAAUCACGGAGAGUUGAUCGGACAACUGAAAGAUUGGACGUCGCGGAGACCUAAUGAUGUCAAAAUCUGCGUCUCGAGCCGAGAGGAGAUGGUAUUUCAAGAGUCUUUCAGAGGCUACCCUAGUUUUCGACUGCAUGAAGUCACCUGGGAAGACAUACUUGGUCUUAUUCAUCACAGCCUCGCUUCGAUUGAGCUUUAUGCACAGAUCUGGGGCGAUGAAAAUACAAAGCUCAGAGAUUGGUUCGAACAUGAGAUUGCUGACAAGUCUGAUGGCGUGUUCCUAUGGGUCUCUCUCAUUCUCAAAGUGAUUGAAGACGGCCUCUUCAGUGGAGACCAACUCCGACAACUUGUAGUGAAGAUCAACUCACUGCCUACUGAGCUCGAGGACUUGUUUUCGCACCUUUUCAACUCCAUUCACAGAUCCGAUCGCAAGGAAGCAUAUGCUAUGUUCAAGUUAGCAACUGAAACAAAAACAUUGAAGGACUGGCCAUUAAUACGCUACUCUUUCAUUGAGGAUUAUUUGGAGAAUCCGGAGUUUGCGUAUGGCUAUAUUCAGCAGCUGAGUGGUGCUCUCCUUACAGACCGUCUGCAAAGAGCACGACGAAAGGUCUAUGGGAAGUGCAAAGGACUUCUGCAAAUACACUCUGUUGAACUGAACCUCGAUAAUAGCGACUCAAUUGAGUAUGACUCUGAUCAUAGUGACUCUAGUCAGUACCCAUCUGGAACACAUGACUUUGGUGAAGAAUCAUUCAACAAGAUAGACGCUGAAAGAGAAAGCCUAAGCUCAUUCCAACGCUGCGUGAAGUUCACACACCGCUCCGUUUUCGAGUUUUUGACGAGCAAGAAGAUCAAAGCAGAGAUUGAUACCUGCCUGGAUAAAUUCGACCUCUUGGAUUUACUAUGCCAGACUCUCCUUGCCCAUGUCAAAGCCGUACAAUUACCCGAUAUCUACUACGGCAGACGCGUGAUGUCUGAAAACUCAACCUUGGCUCACUGCAUUUAUAUCCUGACUACCCCCUUGCCUAAUCUGGAAUACGAUUUAUGUACUGUCUUCGAGACAUCUGUCUCACAUCCCAUCAGCCAUGACUCUCUCCAGCUCUGCGCGUUCAUAGACAAUGUACUUGUCUGUGUUCCGUCGAUUGAGGGGAUGUUCGGCAUCCGCGACCCGGUCGGCUUUUUUAGGGACCCCAUACAUGAAGGACUGGAGACAAUCACUGGUAGCACCACCGUCCGCGUUGUGCUCUUGGCUGCAUUCUACGGAGUCCAUGAAUAUGUGCUGCAAGAUGAGCCCAGAAUACGCUUGAUUAUGAAGCAAAAUUUCAAGCCGCAGCUUCUGGCUCCUUUAAUAGCCGAGACCGCAACCUCGUCGGAACAUAAUACUGCGCAGGGAUUAAUGAGGAUUCUUGAAUUCCACGAGAUCUCACCAAAUCUCCCAGCCUCUCCAGUCGACAUUUCAUCGUGGCACAAAGCUAUAUUUACCGUGCUGAUCCGUGGACGAUUCGGCUAUCUUCAUUUGGUACUUCCUCUCUUUGCAACCUGCCUCUUGCGAGGUGGGGAUCCAAGAUUUUACCUUCGCUUUGACACGCAGUAUGAGGGUGGAAAUACAGUCGAUGUUAACCUGUUUUGCGGCAAGGAGAGAAGACCCAUUGAAACCGCGGGUUUUAUCCUUUUCAUUUUGUUGACACCAGCAUUGAAAGACUUACUAGCUCAAGAAGGUCCUCAGAUAUCUCUGCGGUUUUUGUUCGGUAUUUGGUUUCCACAACACGCAAAGAUCCUCCAGGGGAUGAUAGACUGGAUUGAGGAGAGAGAUCCAGAAUUGAGCCCGGAGCAGCUGCAAGAGCUUCACGACACCUUUGAGCUCGUUACUCGGCCUCUACGCUUGGCUGAUCCGCAACAAAUUGACCUCAACAUUCAUCGGGUCAAACCAGCCAUUAUGAACAUAAGCUCCUGGUCUGGUAGUAGCUGA